CGACUCCUCCAUCCUCCCCCCCUCCCCGUGAUGGCUGCAAUGGAUGGGGUAAUUGUAGUGGAGCUGUAGAGGCGGCGGGGGUGCGGUUGCGACGGACUGUGCUGCGCCGACAAGCUGGGAAGAGGAGGCAGCGGCGGCGGGGUGGGACUUGGGAUGGGUCUUCUGUCGAACCGGGUGGAGCGGUCGGAGAUCAGGCCCGGCGACCACAUCUACACCUGGCGGGCCGUCUACGCCUACUCCCACCACGGUAUUUAUGUCGGGGGAAGCAAAGUGGUCCAUUUUACACGUAAGAAAGAAACUGAAACUUCAGAUUCAUCAGACUCCACCUCCAGCCUGAUCUCAGAGAUUUCAUCAGAGUGCCAAACAUUCCCUGAUUGUGGAUUUCAGCUGUCUAAUAGUGGUGUUGUCCUCACUUGCUUGGACUGUUUCCUCCGCAACGGCUCCCUCUAUUGCUUCGAGUAUGGAGUGCCAUCUGCAGUUUUCCUUGCAAAGAUUCGUGGGGGGACCUGCACCAUUGCCGAAUCAGACCCACCAGAAGUUGUUGUCCAUCGAGCGAUGUACCUGCUUCAAAAUGGUUUUGGAAACUACGACAUGUUUGAGAAGAACUGCGAAGACUUCGCACUCUACUGCAAGACUGGGCUUCUACCUGUUGAGGAGCCUGGCAUUGGGACUAGUGGGCAAGCUUCUUCUGCUAUUGGUGUGCCGUUGGCAGCUCUUCUGUCCACUCCGUUCAAGCUUCUGGCUGCUGGUCCGCUUGGAAUGGCCACUGUCACUGCUGGGAUGUACUGUGCUGGCAGAUACAUUACUGACAUAGGAGUAAGGAAGGACGUAGCAAAAGUUGAAGUGGAGAAAUUAUCAUCGCACCCCGGUUUCCACCUUGUUGAAGAUGAAGAAUCAGUCAACAAGCGAUCAGAAAAACCAAAGACCUUGCUCCCUAUGAAGAGGAAACGAGAAAGGUGACUGCGAAGCACAGCUUAGGAGGAUGAACUUCUCUUCCCUUCAAUUGGUGUCGAAUUGUGGAUAAUUUGGGAUAUGAUAAUAAGACUCGGUAUAGAUAUGUGCCUUGCGAAUGUAUCAUAAUUGGAUUAGGCGCACCCCUCACCUGAUCAACUGUAACUGCCUUAUAAAUUCAAUCAAAUUGCUAUAUAAUGUAGAUUUUUCUUCUUUGUGAGGUUUCAGUCUUCUGCUGCAAUUAAUAACAGUUAUAAUAUUUUUUACUGAUCUGGGAGAUCACUGUAUCUGUAUUCUGUAGUUACAACUUACAAGGUAGAGCAAACUAUCGGCAAUGGCGUUUUCAUCAGGUAUACUGUACGAAAAGUGAAUAUAAAAAAUUGAGC